UUGCAGCAGGUGCCGGCCUGGAAGCUAUUCUCCGAGACCCCCUCAUCGCACAAGGAAUGGAAGGAGAAGUUCUGCUAUAUCCGGAUGGUCGAUAAUCCAUUCCCAGGGGCUUUGCGCAAUCAUUUCCGGAGGCACCCGAAGGUGGGCAGCGCGGCCCUGUAGAAGACUGGCAAGAAGCUUAUUGAGAAGCCCGAGGGCUCUGAUAAGGUGAUCACUAUCAAGGAGGCCACCUUGCCGAAGGAAUUAUAUAUGUUAGGCUUUCGGCGAUUUCGCCUUGCCGGGGAGGAUGCUGAGAAAUACCCCUUGAUUGACCGGGGCUACCAGAACGCCGGAGGUCAAGUUAUGGACGUGAGCUCCUAUGCUGCCUUGAAGAAGAAGCUGACUAGAGAGCCAAAUAAGAAGAAGGAGACGGGUACCCAAAAACCCGUCGGCGAGUUCUUUAAGAAAGACAGGGCUGCCCAGAUUCCGGAGGGUGAGGGACCCUCCAAGAUUGCUGAUGCCGGUACCGAUGUCGGGGGCUCCAAGGUGGAGGAGCUCAAAAGGAAGAAUGCCGGGAAGGGUGUCAUGCCUCCGGAAAAGAAGGGGGAGGAGGAGGCCCUCGAGAAGAAGGAUGCCUCCGUCAUAAUCAUUGAGGAACACUCUACUUCAAGGUCUCCAGCUGCAGAUCCACCCCCUUCUUCCCAGCUUCAAGCUGGCGAGGAGUUCAGUAUUGCCGAGAUUAUCCAGUUCCCCAUCAAGGCGGGGACUGGCAUUCUGCGUGCGACAUUGCACCCCGUCGGCUUUAUGAGGGGCGUGAUGUCUUCGGAUGACAAGGCCGUGCUGGCCCAGAUGGAGGAUGUGAUCCUCGACUAUGAGGUCGCCAGCUAUAGCACCAUGGCUGCACUGGCUGCCUCUGAGCAAGCCCGAAGGGCGGAGCAGCUGAGAAUAGCAAAGGCUCAGGCGGAUGAGGCCCUCAAGAAGUCUGAGGAUGAAAAGGCCUCCCUUCGGAAAAAGCUUGAGGUAGCAGAGAAGUCCCUCCGGCUGGAGCAGGAGGGUUUCAACAAGAUCCUUCAGGAUUCGAAGACGGUGGCCAAGGCCGAAGGGAAGGCUGAGGCCAAGGCCGAGGCUGAAAAGAUCGUCGCCGCUGCUGUCGAGGAAGCUGAGAAGGCCAAGAAGGAGGCGGUAUCCCAAGCCGGGAAGGAUGGCGUGGCCGCCUUCCUUGUCGGGGGGUGGAAAGCCGGGGACCAUAAGCAAUGGUUGUCCUCGGUGGUGGAGGCUAUCGUCGAUGAUUAGGGCUGGGACUUUGGAACCAAGAACCGGUGAACCGAACCGGACCGACCCAUUAUUACCCGGUUCGGUUCGGUUCCAAAUUUUAUUAGUUAUUUGUUAAUGGUUCGGUUCCUAUUUUUAUUAACGGUUCGGUUCUCGGUUCCUGGAAAAAAUAUGUACAUGGAACCGUUAAGGAAGCGUUAUAUAUAAUAAUUAAAAUUAUAUAUAUUUCUUAUUAGUAUAUAUAUAUUAAUGUAUAUUUAUUUAUCUAUUUUUACAUUACAUUCACUGUUUUAGUUUAGUUAUUUAACUGUUUAAAACUAUUUUUUAUUUUAACCGGUUCUCUUGGGC